CUCGUGGCGCAUGGGCGGAGCAGCAAGUGUCACGCGCCGGAUGCCUUCCGUGACGUUCACGUCGCGCCCUGCCAAUGUCGCCCCCCGCCCACAAAAUUAAGCCAAGCCGAGCCGAGCGACCCUCGCACGAGCUUGAAGGGGGCAAAUCAAUCGCGAAACGCAAACGGAGCGCACCAAUCAAGCUGUUCUCGAUCAUCCAUCCCCGUUUUGUCUUCCUCCUCCUCCUCCUCCUCCUCCAUAAUCGCCCAUCGAUCGCCCAUCGCAUACCUUCCUUGCUCAGUUGAGCGGUUGAUCUCUCCGAUUCCAGGUCCUUCACGCUCGCAGCACCGUGGUUCGACGCCGCGAGAACAUGGAGAACUCCGGAACAAAUUCUGAAGACAUUAUUGUGCCUCCAGUUGAAGGUGUUGCUGGAGGAGGAACUGCUUAUGGAUGGAAUGAUGGUGGCUUUCACGGUUCAAAUCUGCUUAAGGAAUCAAUUAACCCCAGUGAGGUUCCUACAGCAGAUUUAUUGCAUAUCUGGUGCAUGCCAAGCACAGCAAAUGUUGGGCAUCAGGAAAUGCCUCGACCAUUGGAGCCGUUUAAUCUGUUGGCAGCAAGAAAUGAGAGAGAAAGUGUUCAAAUUGCCAUGCGCCCAAAACUUACUUGGGGUGGCUCUGGCAUGGCAGGGGUAGUGCAAGUUCAGGGUUGUGACUUAUGCUCCAAAUCCGGUGAUCGGAUGGCUCUUGGAAAGUCAGUAACGCUGCGGCGGGUGGUGCCUAUAUUAGGUGUCCCAGACGCUCUCGUUCCAAUUGAUCUUCCAACAAGUCAAGUGAGCUUAUUUCCGGGUGAAACUACAGCAAUUUGGGUAUCAAUAGAUGUUCCGAGCGAACAACCUCCUGGGCAAUAUGAGGGGGAGAUCACAAUUACUGCGACAAAGCUAGAUAAAGAGUAUAGUUCCAGAUCAGCAGGUCAAGGCUUAACCAGACUGGAGAAGAAUCAACUGUACAGGGAACUUAGAAGCUGUCUAGAUUCUGUGGAGCAAAUAGAUGAAAAACCGCUGGAAGAAGUGGUACAAAGAGUGAAAUCAGCAAGUACAUCUUUAAGAAGAAUUUUAUUAUCUCCGUCGUUUUGUGAAGAUGCAUUAGACGAUAUGAUGGAUGAAGAUGCUGUUUCAAACCUUCCUGUGCGUGUGAAGUUAAAUUUGACUGUGUGGGACUUCAUUCUUCCUGCAACUCCCUCACUACCUGCAGUUUUUGGUAUAUCUGAUACCGUAAUUGAGGAUCGGUUUGGUGUCCAACAUGGAACAGAUGAGUGGUAUAAUGCGUUGGAUCGCCAUUUCAAGUGGCUCCUUCAAUACAAAAUUAGUCCAUAUUUUUGCAGAUGGGGGGAUAGCAUGCGUGUUUUGACAUACACCAGUCCUUGGCCUGCUGACCAUCCAAAAUCCGAUGAAUACUUCUCAGACCCACGAUUAGCAGCAUAUGCUAUACCAUACUGUCAUGCAGUCUCUCGGGGCACUGUAUCAGAGGACUAUUUGCAGAAGGAAAUUGAGAUCUUGAGGACAAAGCCCCACUGGAAGAAAGCCUACUUUUACCUAUGGGAUGAGCCACUGAAUUCAGAACAAUAUGAUUCCAUUCGCAGAAUGGCCAGUGAAAUUCAUGCUCAGGCUCCUGAUGCUCGUGUAUUAACUACUUACUAUUGUGGGCCAAGCGACACGCCUCUUGCUCCUAAUGCCUUUGAGGCUUUUCUGAAGGUUCCGAAGUAUCUUCGCCCUCACACUCAAAUAUAUUGUACUAGUGAGUGGGUGCUGGGCAAUCGGGAGGAUUUAGCCAAGGAUAUCAUUGCUGAGCUGGAGCCUGAGCACGGUGAGGAGUGGUGGACAUAUGUGUGUAUGGGACCAUCUGAUCCUCAUCCCAACUGGCACCUCGGGAUGCGGGGGACACAACAUCGUGCUGUUAUGUGGCGAGUAUGGAAGGAAGGUGGUACAGGAUUUCUUUAUUGGGGUGCCAAUUGCUAUGAAAAGGCGACAGUUCCCAGUGCUGAGAUAAGAUUUAGGCGCGGUCUUCCACCUAGUGAUGGUGUUUUAUGCUACCCCGGCGAAGUCUCUUCAUCUUCCCAGGAACCAGUUGCUUCAAUUAGAUUGAGCGCAUCCUCAGUGGGUUGCAGGACUGAGUACUUGAAGCUCUAUAGUUUGAAAUAUGGCAGAGAUGAAGGGCUGGCUCUCUUGGAGAAAACGGGUCUUUAUUUAGGUCCAGAGCGUUACACUCUGGAACACAUGCCCAUAGACAUGAUGCGAGGCGAGAUCUUCAACACCUGUCGUUCGUGAUUGGUUUUGCCUGGUCAAAUUUUGUGCUAUUUGUGCUUAUUCUCUCUAACUGUAAUCUUUGAUAAUCUAGUGUAAAGGCCCAAUUUGCUUAUGGCAAAACUCAGUAGGUCACUGGGGCAAUCUAGUUUAUCUGAGGGAUGCUGGGGGUACACAGUGAUCACUUAUAAGACUUGCUUAUGGCCGGGUCCACAUAUAGGUGAUAUUAGCUGUAUUUAUGCCCUGGUGCUGAGGCAUCAUAUGUACUUGGAUGAAAAGACUGUGUAGUUCUUUUGAUGCUUGUGGAGACUGCAUUUGGGAUUGGACGCAUCAUGUAUUACCGGCUGCAUUAGAUGGACGUCUGGCAGAUGCAUUAUGGAGAACAAAACAGCUCGAGACAUCUCCCGGAGCCGCUCAGGCAAAACGAAUACGUUAUAGAGCAAAUGAUAAUCUUGUUGAAAAUCAUCUGUUGCCCUGCCGUCAGUAUUAGACAUAUGCGUUUUUUUGAGCUUGUGAUUUGCCAUUCCGACAUUGUAUUACAACAUGACUGAUAGUUAUCGCUUACUGAAAACUUGUUAUGCUUGAUGGCAAGCCGAUUGGUUCAUGUUCUCCUUUUGGCCAUCCCAGGACUUGUCUCACUUUUCGGUAGCUCGAAAGUUUCAGUGAGCUUCUGAA